UGCACGACUUGUGGCUACACGAGAAUUCGACGACGACGAGGAGAUUCGACGGCAACUCGCACCGACGCGUCUCGCGAGGCGAACACAAAAAUCGACACGGCCGAUUAUCACCAUGUAUAAGUACCACUUUUAUCAAUCCGAGAAUCCGCUCGACACUCCCGACAGUCCCGAUACUUAUAUCUCAGACGAGAGCGAACAAUGCGGAGCGAGGCGUCUAUAUACGGAACAGCGGACGCAAGCGGACGCUGGCCCGCGAACGAUCAUACACGCCGAUUUACGCGGAAAUGCGACGGAAUGCGGUGAGGAAGUGGUGACGGUGCCGUCCACCAGCAAUGGUCAUCAGGAGAGCUGGAAGGCGCAGCGGCUGUCCGUAAACGGCGAAUCGCCGCAAUCGAGCAAUCGUCGCCGGGGCUGCCGGCCUCAAUUGCAACCGGUCGUUUCCGGCGGUAAGAGGAAUCGUCCGGCGCCACCCCCGCCGUCGCAGCCGAUAUCCUACAGGGUCAAUGCCAAGGAUCGGCUCGAUAGGUACUUCGACUGGCCGAACAAAGAGAACACGCCCGGAAAUGCCGUGAAUCGCUGCGAGGACGACCACCAAACGAACGUAAUCCAGACGACCGAGGAAGCGAUAAUGGGCUCGAACCUGAGCAGACAUAACGGAAAGGGCCUGACUGGCCGGCGCACUCAAUCGUCUGGGAAUUUGUGCGAUCCCAAGGGGAAACUCAACAGUAUGGGGAAGAUACUGGUGCCCUGUUCUAGCGCGCAAACAGACAGGUAUAAAUUUUGCGGUUCGCUGCCGAACCACUUGGACGACAAAGAUGGGACGCUGGAUGACGAUCGGCGGGAUAACAACAACAUCUCGUCCGAGAGUGUCGGCGGAAAUUUCGGCGGUACGUUACCGCACAAGAAACGCUCGUUAGGGGUGCACUUCUCGGACAGCGGACCGACCGGCACUUUGGAUCUCGUUAAACACCGAUCGCAGGACUCUCUGGACGAGAACGAUCCUUGGAGGUAUCAACAGAGCGACCUCGACCUCGUGCGAACCCGCCACGGUAACUUAGACUCGGUCAAGAGAAAUCGCAGCGCCGACACCGUGCUGGCCGACUCCGGCAGGCGGUACGGAGGAGGCCGCGGCGUGUCCUCGGACGACACCAGAUGCCACCGGAACUCGGACCUCGACCUAGUCGGCACGCUGCCGAAGCGCAAGCAGGAUCCCAGAAACAGCAGCGGCAGGAGCCUGCAGUCGAACUCGUCGUCCUCGCAGCCGCCCGUAAUGAACGCCACCGACAACCUGCUGAUGAAGAUGCACAAGCCCGACUGCGAGCUGCUCAAGCAUCGCCAGCAGCUCGGCAAGUGCGUCGAUCUGAAGCUGAGCAAGCUGAGCGGCGAGCCGCUUCAGGAUCAGGGAUACGCGUCCGAACGUUCGCCCGAGGACGAGCAUCCGCCGUCGUUGCCGGGCCAGCCGUUUCCAAAUGUAACACCCGAGAGCACAUUCCAAGUGACGCUGCAGAAAAGCAGUCGCGGCCUCGGCCUGAGUGUUUCCGGUGGCGGCACCGCGGGGCCCGUACGCGUGAAAAGACUCUUUCCUCAACAACCCGCCGCACUUUCUAACAAACUUCAAAUUGGCGACAUACUACUGACUGCCAACGGGAUCCCGCUGACUGGCCUCACCAAUUACGAGGCUCUCGAAGUUCUGCGUAUGACGCCCAGCACGGUCGAGCUGGUGGUGUGCCGGCUUCCAGGUGAUAGUAAUGUCACGCCACCCGGUGCACCGCCGCCACCCCCAGCAAGGCGGGAGCCGCCGCCGCCGUUACGUUUACUCAACCCUCUGCCGCCUCUGCAGAUCGAGCCCUGCGGCGAGUUUGACAUCGAGAUGACAAAAGUGGGCGGCAGUCUUGGUUUCACUCUGAGAAAGGCGGACAGCAGUGCCCUGGGCCAUUAUGUACGUGCACUAGUCCGAGAACCGGCAUUGAGCGACGGCAGAAUCCGACCGGGUGAUAAGAUCGUCGCGGUGGACGGUGCACCGCUGUCGCCGAUGAGUCACGAGGAAGCGGUCCAGCUGCUGCGACAAUGCGGACCGACGGUGAAGCUGCGGCUAUACCGGGAUCUGGCGCAGACCCCGGUCUCGGCGCUCUCGCCCACCGAACCUGAUCACCCUCUCCGUCCGCCACGAACGAGCUUGAGACAAGAAGCUGUGGAUAUGCUGUGUGACUUGGCGGUCCGGAAAUUAUCACCCGGUGCAUCGAGUGGGUCUAGUAGCUGCAAGCAACAAUCACCUGGUGCGUCAUGCAAUUCCCCCCGAAGACUACGUCGACCCGCCACGCGUACUCCCACUGCCGAAACCGAUCGAGAUACCCCCGAGAGCAAGUUGCACAGCGUGCAAACGACGUCGUCGACGGCCAGCCAAGCGGAGACCACGUCAGACUCGGACCAGUGCUCCGUCAGGACGCAAGUCACCAAUUCCCAGGCGAACACACCUGCGACCGACAUAAUCGAUCCGCCGGCGCUCUACGUCGUCUGCGACGACGACGACGAGUCGAGGACGGCGUUGAACAAUGCCGCGGCCAGGCCGCGCUUUCUCGAUCUGACGGCGCCGCAGGGUAAGCCGCAUUUCCAGUUUUGCAGCGUCGACUCGGACAGCGAGUAUCCCGCGGACGGCGACGUGAUCCUCGCCGAGGCGGAGCGCGGUCGGCUGGCCGAGCCCAGCUACGACGACGACAGGAGCGUGACGGUGCUGUCGAGCGACGAGCACGACAACGAUCUGCCGACCGAGCCGGCCUCGAUGCCGCCGGUGCUCUCGUCCACCAGCAGCACCAGCACCGCCGCCUUCAGUUACAAAAAUCCAGCUUACCAGAGCGCCAAUCCGGCCUGCGGCGGCGCCGGCAGCGAUCCGGCUGGAACCAAGAGCAAGGCCACACACUCGAGCGAUCAGGACAUCCCGGGAAAGAUCCUGGGAACGGACGAUCCGGGCGGUAGCAAGGGCCUGUUGAAGUGGAAGGGCGUGAUGUUCGCACCAAACGACGAGGUGGAUCAAGAUACCGAGCGCGACCAGGAAGAGGCCGGGAGAGACACCACGGACUCGGUCGCUCCUAUCGAGGAUCUUGAACAAGGCAGUGAGGUGUUCAUGGUGGAGCUGACGCGUGGGUGGAACAGCCGGCUGGGCUUUAGUUUGCAGUCGGAAGGAAAUCGUACGGUGAUAUCGGUCGUGCAUCGUGACAGUGUCGCGGCCAAGGAUGGCAGGCUCAAGCAGGGCGACGUGUUACUAAUGGUUAACGAGGAGAGUGUGGAACACAUGUCAACGGCUGAUAUAAUAGAUCUGUUGCGCAAGAUCCGCGGCUCGAUAGGCAUCACGGUGAUGAGACGAUCGAAACGGAAUAAUGUAACGUGACACUAGUCCGAUGCGUGAUCGAAAUAGAAAAAAAACCAAAAGAGAAAGAGAGACGGUCCGAUCGAUAUUGUUCCUUAUCAGCGAAUUUAGUUCAGACUUCUUAGCGUAAAGAAAGUUUAGCCAGAAGAAGACGCUGAUCUUUCUCGACAAAAACGUUCAUUGAGCUUUGGAUAAUAAAGGGACGGUAGAACGUAAUAGAAAAGCAGUAAUUGUAAAUAGAAAUUAUAAAAGAAGAAAGUACAAUAAGAGGUGUCAUGAAUCGGCGGAUCCUCGACGUCGGAAGGAAGAGUUAAAAACCCGCCACUGUCAACGACGCCCACGAAGAAGCCAGCGUCUUCGCGCACGAUAAUCUCGCUCUGUGAAAGACAGCGUGGACGCCUCCGAUCGCAAAAAGGGGGUCGUCUCCGACCCGAUCGAUUACAAAAGACUGCCGUCGAGAAAUAUUUGCAGAUGCCAUCCAGAUAAUAUCCCGAACGAACGUCCGGAGAUAGUCACUCGUUCGUGCGGGAAGUUCUCCGAAGGGAAAACUAAACCGCCGAAGAUGUGAGAUUAAGAUGUUGUCCCGGGAGAGCGGAGGGGUGGGGAGUGGCGUCGAGACUUCCGAAUUCUCACGGUUCCGAUUUCGCGCGCGAAUCAAUCAAUCCCGGAUCAAACGUAAUCCGAAUCAAUAUAUUAUUUACGAUUGUAGUUCCGCUGUAUCGCGGUAACGUAAUUAUAACGCGAUUCGUCCCAAAAGAACGUUCGACAUGCCGACCGCGACAAAUUGUGCAUUAAUUAUAGGAUAAUCGGAGUGCCCAGCUCCCGUAAGUUCGAAUCUCUUCGAUCUCCAAUUAUCGGCGCUCGUUAAUAAUAUUCCUGAUAGUUCGCGGCGAUGUUUGCGAAAAGUGGUUAUCCACUUAUGAUUAAUGAGUAUUCCUCCUCCUUCAACGAAUUCGAGAAUCAAAAAGGAUCAAUCAAAAUACGAUUAGAGAGAAACGAUAUUGCAAAACGAGACGCGGUCGGCUCGCAGUCGGGACGCGAAUUAUCGAUUAUCCAUCGGGGAAACGAUUCUGAUCUUUUUUAUGAAACUGCGAUAUAUGCUGUAUAUAGUUGUAAAAAGGUAUUCUUUUAAAUAUGUUCGCGAGAGCGUGCAAAAUAAAACUCAUCUGGGAGCUUGUAGUAUGUAUCUUACAUAUCUUUAUAAAUUAUGCAUAUUUCACCAAUCCUGUCUAAAAAUAAAAAAUAAAAAAAAAAUACAGAAUUUUACGAAGGAUAAAGAUUUAAAUAGCGGAAGUAUUUAUAAGUGAAUUUGACGGUAAUAAUAUAAUUUUAUUUUCCUCUGAUAUACUUAAACUAGUUCAAAACCAGUAAAAAGAGUAAAUUAGUUCAACUUGAAACUACAAUUGAAAUUAGAUUUAAUAUUUUUCCGAAUGGCGACUCUUCUUCCGAUUCCUUCGAAAAUAGAGCUGCGUUACUGCGCGGAAUGUUUAUCGUGUAAAUACCGUAUUUUUAUCCCAAAAAGUGUAACUUUGUCGAAAGAGCUUGACGUCUAUUACCGCGAAUUCAUAUGAGGAAAAAAAAUGUAAAUUAAUUAAUAUUAUACCCACCCUGUGCCGCCGCGCGCGAAAAAUAAAUUUCACGUGAAAUAAAUUUAUCGUGAGGCAGUUAGCUUACAUUUCGGCUUUAACUUCGUCCAUUCGUGUGUGAUUAGAUGAGAAUUUACAAUAAUUAACAUUCUUAAUUGAAGCGUGUGAUAAGGGAAACUCGCGACUGGAGUUUCCUUACUCGGAAGAAAUAAUCUAUUUUCAGGACUUUCCCUUUAACUGAUCGAAUAAAUUUAUAAAUAAAGUAAUAAAUUUAAAGAUAAGUAGUAGGUGACAAUUGGCCUUUUUUGCGGCGAAGACAGUCCUUAUUCGCCGUAUUAUAAUCUAACUUCUUCGAGGGUACUAUCUCUAGUCUCUUAGCGAAUCAAAAGACAAUCUGUCGUAAGCGCCAGGAACGAAUGAGUCGUGAAUGCGCCGCUGACGAAUCUGACGAUAAAUGAAUUGUGACUACUGCUUGUAAGAUAUAAUGUCUCACGCAUCUAAUAUUUCGAUCUUCCCCGGGAAGAUCGGCAGAUAACUGUGCACGGGAUAAAAGUUUAGAAUCGCUUGUAGCGUGUAUACAAUACUUGAGGGAUGUAUCAACGUUCGAGUAACUACCUCGCGUGAUGCCAUACCACAGCGGAACAGACAACUAUUAUUAAUUGCGCGAAUUCCACUUAAAGGAAAGAGCUAUUUUAUGCCCGAAAACAUGUAUUUCCUAAUAAUCUUAUGUGUAUCCUUAAUCAUGUAACGUCGGAAGAUCGCGAGGGAGAUGAUUGAUCAUUCUGUUAAACGAUUAAUGAAAUACGGGAGUGUCUGUCUUUCGAGAGACAGAAGCUUAUUAAAGUACACGAACCACUUACAUUUACAUUAUUACAUCAACGACGCGCUUCCCGAGCCGUAGCAGAAAAAUUUUCGUUCCUGCGAUAAUGACGCACCUCGCACGCGAGCGAGGAGAGAGAGAGAGAGAGAGGUGUCGACACGGUAAAUACAACUUAACGGUCUAUAACAGUGCAAUAACGUUUACGUAAGAAUUAGACGAGAACAAUAUGUAAUGAAUGUGAUAGUCGUUCCGUUUUAGAACGUUAGCGCUGUAAAUCUACGAACUUAGACGAGUUCAUCGUGCGAAUUGCGCGGUUUGUACAUAAAGUUAACUGUAAAAUUGUAUAAAUCGAUACCAAAGUUGUAUUAAUAUCAAAGUUGUGUAAUAUCAAAGACGAAUAUUUUACUGUGUAACCAAUUGUUAGAGACAGGCAGCUAUAUUUUGACAUUACGUUAAGCUUAUUAAAUUAUUGUUAGUAUCUAUGAAUAUAUACAUUCGAGAUAUGCGAGUUUUAACGAAAA